UGACGUCAGUUCUGUGUGCGAGACAGGCAGAGCGGCGUGCGCCUGGCGAGACAAAGGCGGCGGACCAGGGAACAGCUAAGAGAAAGAGGUUAGCUAGAUCCAGAUACAAUUUACGGGAGGUAUGUGCAUUAAAAUGUAAUAAACUACGAACCGAUACGAAAAAUGACGGGCCGCUGAACGACAUCUGGCUGGAAUAGGUUCUCAUCCACAGCCUGUCCCUUCUCAUUCGUUUUUUAAAAAAUUCUCCAACGCCCCCCAAUUUAGCGAGCUAGCUAGCAUUAGCGCACUGGUCGCCACUCACCAUUCCUUCAAGAAUCAAAAGAGAGGAACUCAAUAAAAUCGGGAGUUGGCCAAAGGAAAAGAGCGCUUUUACACCCACAGGCGACCCAAGAUCGGAUGUUCAUCCUCGGGGACUAUGCCUAGCCCCUUAUUCCACCCCGAGAUUAUGGACCACGACAUGGUAGUGAGCAGCCAGCACAACGGGGUCAGCCUGCCCCGAGAAACGGAUCAGGAGUCCCGGGACGAGGGCCAUCAGGAGGUUCUCCGCUUCGCCAUGGACCAGCUGUCACUUAUGGCCCUGGAGAAGGUGGACUGUGGGGGCGGUGGUGGAGGGCACGUUGACCCACUCGACGAGAACCAGGGUCCAGUCUCCGAGAAUUGCAACGGCGGUUAUGUCAACCUGCAGUUGCUGGAGCACCCAGGAGGCUCCCGGGAAUCCCCGACGUCCUGCUCCCCGUCUCCAGAGUACUAUGGAUCGGGCGGGUACCACAUGGCUGGCCCGCACUCUCACUCCAUGCUCGGGGAACAAAACUCAAUUAUCUGCAAUCGUAAAAGGAGUGUCAACAUGACCGAAUGCGUACCUGUGCCCAGCUCCGAGCACGUUGCUGAAAUAGUGGGAAGACAAGGCUGUAAGAUCAAGGCACUGCGUGCAAAGACCAACACCUACAUAAAGACCCCGGUGAGGGGCGAGGAGCCCGUGUUCAUCGUGACAGGGCGCAGGGAGGACGUGGAGAUGGCCAAGCGGGAGAUCGUCUCGGCGGCCGAGCACUUCUCCAUGAUCCGGGCGUCCCGCUGCAAGGCUGGGGCCACGGGCACAGGAGCACCCGGGGCGGGGGGAGCAAUCCCAGGACCCCCACACCUGCCUGGACAGACCACCAUACAGGUUCGGGUGCCAUACCGUGUGGUUGGGUUAGUGGUUGGUCCUAAGGGGGCGACCAUCAAGCGCAUCCAGCAGCAGACCCACACCUACAUCGUGACACCCAGCCGGGAGAAGGACCCUGUGUUCGAGGUGACUGGCAUGCCAGAGAAUGUGGACCGAGCCCGGGAGGAGAUUGAGACACACAUCACCUUGCGGACCGGGGCCUUCGUGGACCUACAGGGAGACAACGACUUUCACACCAACGGAACCGACGUUAGCUUAGAGGGCCUGGGCUCGCUGGGUGCUGCUCUCUGGUCUCGGGCCAACAACCACCAUGCUGCCCCUCCACCCCCACCUCCUCCUCCACCACCGCCCCUCCCGCUGGCCAUGCACCACUCAUCUGGGAGGAAGCUGUCCUCCUUGGCCUCCUACCAUCAACAUAAGGGAGGGAUGGGCUCUGAGAGCUACAGCGCCCCCAGGAGGGCCACAGAGGGAGACAGCCCAACCAGCCCCUUCAGCACAGGCUCCAGCAGCGCUGGAGGAGGCGGGUUCACCCCUGGCCUCCCCUCUGAGGAGCUGGGCUUUGAGUUCAGCGCCGCCAACAUCUGGGCACCCUUCGUCAAUGGAGGAGGAGGGAAGGUCCCAGGCUCCUCCCAGCAGCAACCUCUCCGCCGAAACAGCAGCGGCCUGAGUGGAGGCGCCAUCACACCCCGCCUGUCGCCCACCCUGCCCCCUGACGCCGUGGUGGGACCCCUGGAUCAUCCUAUGGCCCGCCGGGCCCAGAGCGACCCCCUCAGUGCCCUCUCAUGGCUGCAGUCGGGCGGUACUGGUGCAGGGACCAUCUCCGGAGGAUCUAGCUCCAGCUCCGGAGGCUCAUCCACCGGUUACUCCUCCUGCUCAGCCUCCUCCCUGCCCGGAGGCUCUCCCACAGACUCAGAGGGCGGGGGCAGUGGAGUGGGCCUGGCCUCUGGCAUGCUGGGCCGGCUGAAGCCUCCGGCAGGCUCUGGGGCUGGAGGUCUGAUUGGUGUAGGGCCAGGGGGCGGGAGCAGAGACUGUUUUGUGUGCUUUGAGAGCGAGGUGACAGCGGCCUUGGUGCCCUGCGGCCACAACCUCUUCUGUAUGGACUGCGCCGGACAGAUCUGCCAGUCCGCUGAGCCCGAAUGCCCUGUCUGCCACAUCCCUGCCACACAGUGCAUCCGCAUCUUCUCCUAAUGAACCCCCACCCAAAGACAAGGGAGAGAAGUGGAGGUGAGAGGAGGAGGGUGUCAUCUUAAAAAACAUCACUUUUUUCCCUCUCUGACUAUCCAACAGAACUGCAGUGGGGCAUCAACUGUGGAGGAACGGACACCAACAACCUUUGCUAAUAGGAUGGGCUAUAAUGAUUACAAUAUUAGAAAUGACACUAUAAAGAUGUUGAUUUAAUUAUAAUAACUAUGACAAGAAUAAUGGUAGUAAUAAUUAUUAUUAUUAUUUCCAGACGGGCUGAUUUUGGUUCAUUCUGCAGACUGCAGAAGUAGUUGGAUCAUGAGAUUUCACGGUGGACUUGUGUCUUAUCUUUCUUCAGGCCUUCAUUCUGACCUGGACAAGCCUUCAGGACUCAGCCUCUAGGUUGUCUGUCUGUAUAGUUUUCAUUCCCUCGCGUCUUCUUCAGAUAUCUCUGCCUGCUUCUUUCACAAUCCUUUUCCUUUGCCACUUUUGUAAUUAAUAACAGAUAUUUUUCGACGGAGCUGCCUAGACCUGCACCUUUCUGGUUUCUCUCCGAUGUUCUUUGACAGGAUACGAAACACUGUUUUUCUGGUCUUCUCUGUUCUCUCUAACUCUCUCUUUCUCUCAUGCUAUAGUGAUGUAAAGGAAAGGCUUUGGGAUUGUGGUAUGAGCCUGGAACUGACUUUAAAACGGGCACAGAAAGAGACACCUAUGAGACAAGGCUGAGGGACCUCAUAGAUGUUAUGAAUGAAGACUGAAACACUUAAGAUAUUUAUACUGUUCAAAAACUGAUAUUCAAUGUCUUGGUUUUAACGACCAGUAUAGGAAUAAUAUAAUAGUUUUAAGUUAUUUAAGGAAUAUCAGUAGUAAUGCCAUAAGGUCAGUUACUCAGUCCCCGUUGGUCUGUCUUUCUCUCAAACCCUCUCUUCCUAUCUACCCCCCUCUCCUUCAAUAGUUCCAGAGUUGGGCUUUGUUUCUGGUUCGAUUGAAUGAAGCGGAGCCGAGCCUUGUAUUAAACCCUACUGUUGUAUUCCACGUCGAAUGCUCAGCUGACAACAGAAUGUGUAAUUGAAACAAACAUGUCUUUUUUUUGGCUCCAUUCCUCUUUCUUCCCCUUGUGGAGCUCAGUGUAGACACCUAGCCAUCCACAUGACAAACUAAACCCAGUCCACCCAGAUCUUCUAUCUGAUUUGGACAGCUAAAUAUUUUUUAGAAAGGUUUUGGCUUUUUCACUGUAAACUGUGGCCCGGUUUUCCCCUCACUUCUCGUCUGUCUGUCUCUGUUUGUCUGUCUGUCUCUCUUUGUCUGUCUGUCUCUCUUUGUCUGUCUCUCUUUGUCUGUCUCUCUUUGUCUGUCUCUCUUUGUCUGUCUGUCUCUCUUUGUCUGUCUGUCUCUCUUUGUCUGUCUGUCUCUUUGUCUGUCUGUCUCUCUUUGUCUGUCUGUCUGUCUCUCUUUGUCUGUCUCUCUUUCUCUGUGUGUCUCUCUUUCUCUCUCUUUGUGUGUUGAAGUCCAACAGGAGUAUAUUGGUCUUGGUGAUGUCACACACACACACAGGAAUGUCUCUGCCAAUAGGGAUCUUGGUUAAGAGGAGGCGGCCCGUCCCCAGUAUUAAGGGGCGUCAGAAUGAGCUGUCUCUCUCUGCACUGCAAACCUUGAGCGACACAUUGUAACGUUUUUAGCCCCCAGCUAAGCUCUUUUUCUCCUAGUCUAACCCCGGAUCACCCAGCCCAUGCGGCAGUGGCAUCCUGGGAGAUAUGUUUUCUGUGUGUUUUCUUUCCAGUAAGUUCACAUCAACUGCCUCUCUCCUAUGGUGUUUUUUAACUAUGAUGUGGACAGGUUGGUUUUGUUGUGACGGUACGGUACACAGUUGUAGUAUGUAGCCCUUUGAACGUAUGUACGGAUGUAUUCAUAGAAUGAGACAAGCCAUGAUAAACAAGAUUAAAAACAGGGCUUCCUAUGAGCACACACACUACAUUUUCAGGUGUUUUAACAUUCUCAUUGGUGACAACAGCGAGAGUAAUAAAUAUAUCCAAUAUGGCAGCUAGUAGCUAUUUCAUCCAGGGCUUCCAGACACUAUGUGUUCAAACCCAAAAAGCUGCAGAAUGUGUUGCUUGUUCUUUUCUCUCUGGUCCAAGUCUAUAGAACAGUAGUCAACCUUGUUUUUUGUCAACCCUGUUAGUACCGGUCUGUCUCGGUGGUCAACCCUGUUAGUACCGGUCUGUCUCGGUGGUCAACCCUGUUAGUACCGGUCUGUCUCGGUGGUCAACCCUGUUAGUACCGGUCUGUCUCGGUGGUCAACCCUGUUAGUACCGGUCUGUCUCGGUGGUCAACCCUGUUAGUACCGGUCUGUCUCGGUGGUCAACCCUGUUAGUACCGGUCUGUCUCGGUGGUCAACCCUGUUAGUACCGGUCUGUCUCGGUGGUCAACCCUGUUAGUACCGGUCUGUCUCGGUGGUCAACCCUGUUAGUACCGGUCUGUCUCGGUGGUCAACCCUGUUAAUUCACGUCCAUUGUCUGUGAACAAAUGAACAGAAGGCCCUGUUCCAAUACUUUUCAACUGCAGCCUUCCUUUCUCCCCUCACACCUUGAGGUACUAUUCAGUGAUCUACCAUGUGUGGACAGGUGUUCCUAGCAAUAAGGUCACUUCAGAUCAGUGACUGCCUUCAGGGAGGGAGAAGGAAAAUAUGCAUUUGAAGAGAAUGAACACUCUUCACAUGGUAUAGGCAAAGCUGAAGCCAAGCUACUUUUUAACAAUCCACUUCUGUGUGUCUAAGAUGCGUGACUCUAAACGAGCUAGCCUAGUGAAGGGGACAGCAGCUUGACGUCUUAAUCUGUAAUCUAAUAGUCAACCCUCAUUUAGAUGCACAAUAUCUCCCCCAACUUGAAACGCCCUCCAUGUCUACAGAUGUGCAGCUAGUAGCCACUGAGGACCAUUUUACUGAAGACUACUCUAAUGGUGCGUUGGUGCAAACUUGCUACUGACACAGAUACUGUUUUUAGAAAAAAGGAACGGCCAUCUAGGGCAGCACAGGGGCACAGCGUCCCCUCUCCUGCUCCUCUUUUAAGAAUUAACUGUACAACCCUGACCACCCCGUGGACUCUUUCUCUCUACCCUCAACAUGAGAGCGAUCGAUCUGUGUAAACUGGCAACCUGUCCCUGCUGGGCUUGAUGUCAAACGUUUAGUUAUCUCUGCUCCUUCAGACACAAGUUAGGUGCAGGGGACGACGUGACCAUGUCUUUUUAAAGGAACAGCUAGACUGAGUGUUUGUGUGAGUCUCCUUUAGUGUUAAGUGGAGGCCAAUUUUUAAAAGGGCCUCUUUUUUCCAGAACUGCCCAUGACUUCUGUCACUUAAUGUCCAUAGUUGAAUUUGCCAGGUGGUUCUGGUGUCGGUUCUGGUCUGGUUGUUUCACUAGUAAACUCUUUCCCCAUGGUCCAGAGUGUUAUGGUAAUGUACAGUAACAAACAGCUAAAAGGUACAGAAUAUUCUCAUAUUCUGCAGAUUCAUUUUUUUCUGAACUUCACCCCUCUCCUUUAGGUUUGAAAACAGGGUUUAUAGAGGCUCGUUGAGGAAUGACCUCUGACCUUUUUGUGACAGAUGUGGGCCCAGAGAGUGCCACGCCCAUCUGGGCAAGCCACUCCCCAUGAAACUCUGCCUUUCUAUUUGCUUUAAUUCUUUUUGUAUGCAGAACCAAAAUGUUACAUCAGCAAACAAGGUUUCAGGCCUGACUUGUAUGUAUAUACCCUGAAUACAAUCAAUGGGAUCUCGUUUUUAAAAAAGUUACCAGACUUAAGUAAUGAAGUUAAGUGUAGUUUUUAAAAACAUGUAUAAUUAUUUGUAAGUUAACCAUAUGCAUGUCUUCAAGCCAUCAGGCAUUAGAGGGGAGAAACUUUUUACACAUUUUUAUUUUUACAAUUUAUUUGCUUACCUAAAUAUCCCAGACAAUAAUGUGACCCUUUUUUAUUACUUCUAAAUGAUUUUUUUAUUUCCCAUAUUUUCCCCUUUAUUUCCUGUGUACUACAUAUACAUAUAGCCAAUUUUAUAACAAAAUGAGAAAAUUAUUGAAGAAAUGUUUAAAUUGAAAUAUAUUUUAUUUGAAAGUUUAUGGACCUUUUAACCGUGAGCCGGAACAAUUGUAUACGCAUAUCAUUUGAGCUGACUUGACGGUUAUGAGAAAUGUAUCAAGAGUUUUAUUUUUUAUGCUUCUUUAAUAAAAUCUUGUUUUUGGUUUCUUUUUUUACUGUAAAACAAUAA